CGAGAGCGACCGAGGAGAGAGGGAGAGGAGAAAGACACACGCAGAGACACACGGGCGCUGGAAUUCCAUUAGGAAAAAAAGUGAGGCGAGCCGGGGUUAGCGGGAGAAGAUUUUUUUUUGAAUCUUUUCUUCGUCUCGGUGCGAGAAGAAGCGACCUGUCUCUCGGCCUCGAAGCUGCCACUGGAUUGUUUCUGGGCUUUAAGACCCGUCUGUGGAUUUCUUUCAUCUUUGCAUUUGAUUCCGAUCCCCUCCCUUGCCUCUUACUUCCAGCCCUUCACUCGCAAAUCGCCUUCCCCACCACCCUAUUCCCGCCCUGGGAAGCCCAGGGGGUUGGACCCGCGGGGACUCGCGCCUUCCCGGACGAGCCGAGAGGAGGUCUGAUCUCAGGACUGAGCUGUUGGCUUUGAAAACGCAUAUAUACGUUUUAUACGUUUAUAUUUUAUUUUAGUGGGGAAGGGGGGGGUCGUCGAGAGGCAGCCCACCCGCCCUCCUUUCACGCUGCCCCCUCCAGCCAGAGGCGAGAAUCGCAGGACUCAGGAUCUUCACUGGGUGGACUAGCUGGGAUCUCCGCAUUGGAUUUGGGGCCGCUUGGCUAUUAUUAUCGUUGUCGUUGUUAUUUUUUACUCAAGGGAGAAAGAAAGAAAAAAAACUGUGGGAUUUAUUUAACAUGAUCUUGGCAAACGCCUUCUGCUUCUUCUUCUUUUUAGACGAGACCCUCCGCUCUUUGGCCAGCCCUUCCUCCCUGCAGGGCCCCGAGCUCCACGGCUGGCGCCCCCCAGUGGACUGUGUCCGGGCCAAUGAGCUGUGUGCAGCUGAACCCAACUGCAGCUCCCGCUACCGCACGCUGCGGCAGUGCCUGGCAGGCCGGGACCGCAACACCAUGCUGGCCAACAAGGAGUGCCAGGCGGCCCUGGAGGUUCUGCAGGAGAGCCCGCUGUACGGCUGCCGCUGCAAGCGGGGCAUGAAGAAGGAGCUGCAGUGCUUGCAGAUCUACUGGAGCAUUCACCUGGGACUGACUGAGGGCGAGGAGUUCUAUGAAGCCUCACCCUACGAGCCGGUCACCUCCCGCCUCUCAGACAUCUUCAGGCUCGCUUCAAUCUUCUCAGGGACAGGAGCGGACCCUGUGGUCAGCACCAGGAGCAAUCACUGCCUGGAUGCCGCCAAGGCCUGCAACCUGAACGACAACUGCAAGAAACUGCGCUCUUCCUACAUCUCCAUCUGCAACCGCGAGAUCUCGCCCACCGAGCGCUGCAACCGCCGCAGGUGCCACAAGGCCCUGCGCCAGUUCUUCGACCGGGUGCCCAGCGAGUACACCUACCGCAUGCUCUUCUGCUCCUGCCAAGACCAGGCGUGUGCCGAGCGCCGCCGGCAAACCAUCCUGCCCAGCUGCUCCUACGAGGACAAGGAGAAGCCCAACUGCCUGGACCUGCGCAGCGUGUGCCGGACCGACCACCUGUGCCGGUCCCGGCUGGCGGACUUCCACGCCAAUUGUCGAGCCUCCCACCAGACACUCACCAGCUGCCCUGCGGACAAUUACCAGGCGUGUCUGGGCUCCUAUGCCGGCUUGAUUGGGUUUGACAUGACACCCAACUACGUGGACUCCAGCCCCACUGGCAUCGUGGUUUCCCCUUGGUGCAGUUGUCGUGGGAGUGGCAACAUGGAGGAGGAGUGUGAGAAGUUCCUCAGGGACUUCACUGAGAACCCGUGUCUCCGGAAUGCCAUCCAGGCCUUUGGCAAUGGCACAGAUGUGAACCUGUCCCCUAAGAACCCCUCAUUCCAGGCCACCCAGGCGCCUCGGGUGGAGAAGACUCCUUCUUUGCCAGAUGACCUCAGUGAUAGCACCAACCUGGGGACAAGUGCCAUCACCACGUGCACAUCUGUCCAGGAGCAGGGGCUGAAGGCCAAUAACUCCAAAGAGUUAAGCAUGUGCUUCACAGAGCUCACUACGAACAUCCUCCCAGGGAGUAACAAGGUGAUCAAACCUAACUCAGGCCCCAGCAGAGCCAGACCCUCGGCUGCCUUGACCGCCCUCGCCUUCCUGCUGCUGAACCUGGCCUUGUAGUCACCGGGAACUGUGCUGGAAGAUUUCUGAAAGCGAUACAAACAGGAACACCCUCCUGGAAAAAAAUGGAAACACACAAAGACACACACACACACACACACACACACACCUUGCAAAAAAAAAAAAAAAAAGUUUUUCUUUUUCCACCUUGUCUCUGAACUUGCCUCCUCCCAGGUUCCUUCUCUGGAGAAGUUUUUCUAAACCAAACAGGCCAGCAGAUGGGCAGUUUGAGAGCUGGCACUAGGGGUCUCCUGGCAAGGGAAACCCAGCACCAAGGAGAGCAAGAGGGUCUAGGAACAUCCUUCACUUUCUCCGGGUGUUUCUUCUGCACAAGAGACCAAGAUGAGACCCCUGCAGCUGAGUGGACUUGUGGCUGUGCCCGAUGCAGGCUCAGGCAGGACGGUUGCCGCUGCUUUCUCAAGCUGCCCACUGGAGACCUGACAGAGACACGAGGCUGUCCCCGGGGGAUGCCAGCUGGGCGCUUUCAGCACCUCCCCUUGUCUUCAGGAAUGGAGUUGGUUUCCUCUCUCCACCUCAGCCAGGCCAGGCAGUGUAGGACCCGGUGGGUCUGCCACCAUGUGAGAACCCCACAGAGGCCCGUGGAGGGUUGUGGUGGUUGGCACGGGGUCAUCUCCAGGAGGGUCUGGGAGCUUUGUCCGCCUGGGAGAGCCCCAUGGGGGCAAGUAGCAAACCUUGGGCAUCAGCUCAAGGGGCUCCUUGGUGGCAAGAGUUUUGACGUCAAAUAGAAGUGAUCUUUUGUUGGCUUUUUUUGAUUUCUGGUGAGUCCAUUUGGUGGGUCUCCCUUCAGGGAGAGGGGCCACUGAGGGUGGCAGAAGAGACCCAUGUCGGGGUGAACCUGGGGCACCCUGCUCUCUCUAGCUCUCUCUUUGUCUCUCUUCCCUCCUCCUCUUUUUCACUUUUCUCGUUCCUCAUUUCUGAGACCUACAUCAACUGUAUGUACAUAGCAAGGCUCCUUCUCGACAUAUAUGUAUAUACACAUCCAUAUACAUAUAUUGUGUGGUUUCCCCUUUCUUUCCUUUUUUUAAGAAACAAACUUAUCAAAGUAAUAUCCCAACAGAUGAGCGAAAAUGUAUUAUUGUAAAGUUUAUUUUUUUUAAUAAUGUUGUCUAUAAUGGGGGAAAAAAAAGGAAAUUGGCUCCCUGCAUCCCUCCUCCGGUGGGGCUGGCUGGGCUGCGGAAGGGAGUUUCGGAUCAGUAUUCACGCUUAACCAAGGUUCCAAUAAACGUACUAGGAAUCAGUCUGCCUUCGGCCUCACUCCA